UUGUUGUGGUGUGAACGAGGAGCUCAUGUUAUUUACAUGGAGGUGCCCUCACUGUACAACUUCCUUUGUCAUCAAGUUUCUGGCGCUUUUUUUAAUUAAAAACACUUUCUUACUUCCCACUACACUGUGCACCGAAAGCUCCAGCUCUCAGCAAACCUCUCUCUCUCUUUCUCUCUCUCUUUUCUAAUUUUAACAGCAAAAGUUAAAAACUGCAACAAUGGCUGGGUACAGAGCUGAUGACGACUAUGAUUAUCUCUUCAAGGUGGUCUUGAUUGGCGACUCAGGGGUGGGCAAGUCCAAUCUGCUCUCCAGGUUCACCAAGAAUGAGUUCAACCUCGAGUCCAAAUCCACCAUUGGGGUUGAGUUCGCUACCAGGACCUUGAACGUUGAUGGAAAGGUCAUCAAAGCUCAGAUUUGGGACACUGCUGGCCAAGAAAGGUACCGUGCUAUCACUAGUGCUUACUAUCGCGGGGCUGUGGGUGCACUCCUUGUGUAUGAUGUUACUCGCCAUGCGACAUUUGAGAAUGUUGACAGAUGGCUGAAAGAAUUGAGGAACCACACGGAUUCCAACAUUGUUGUGAUGCUUGUUGGGAACAAAUCAGAUCUUCGCCACCUUGUAGCUGUCUCAACUGAAGAUGGAAAGUCCUAUGCUGAGAAGGAGUCACUCUACUUCAUGGAAACAUCCGCACUGGAAGCAAAGAAUGUGGAAAAUUCCUUUGCUGAAGUUCUGACUCAAAUCUACCAUAUUGUGAGCAAGAAGGCGGUCGAAGGAGGAGAAAAUGGAACAGCUUCUGUCCCAGCAAAAGGAGAGAAAAUAAAUAUAAAGGAUGAUGUGUCUGCUUUGAAGAGAGUUGGGUGCUGCUCAAGCUAGGCCUGGUAAACAAAACUUGAUUGAAUGAAUAUGGCUUCUCUGUACUGUGUAAUAUUUUUCAGAGGGAUACAAACUAGCGGAUACCAAAACACGAAAUUUUUCCCUGAGUAAGCUUAGCUCAUAUUAUCCACAAUUAGCAACAAUCCAGUGGAUGCUGAUUAGCACAUUUAAAUCGCCUUUCAGCAUCAUCUAUGCUUUUAAAUCUAUUUUUACCCAGGAUA